UCUGCAAAUCGCCACUGAACUGAGCAGCAAGAAAUCCCCAAUGAUCAUUUUUGGAACCGAAACAAAAUUUGACGGGAAAAAAUCUCACAAAUGUGGGGCGGUUGGAGGAGAGCAAUCGGGAACGCGAGAUCCUUUGUUGGAAAUUCGAUGGGCGGCCUCAGAGGCGGCAGUAGUUUAGCGUCGUGGGCGGUCGCCGGAACCCUAGCUUACUUCCUCUGGGUUCGGCCGUCGCAGCAGCUCAAAAGAGAGCAAGAGGAACGAGCUGCGUUGGCAGCGGCCUCAGAUUCUUACCGGUAUGUUGAGAAGCGGAAACCAAUUCCGGAUCCUCAGGAAACUGGAUUGAUUUACGGGAACAAAAGUGGAGUGAAAAAAUCUGAGUGAAGUUAUUUGAAGAUCGAGGUGGUAAGUAAGUUUAAUUAGCUUGAAAGCCUUGAAUGAUCUGAAAUUUUUUGUGUUGUGAUUAGUUUCGUCUUUACUAAUUUAUACUACACAUGUGUGUAUACUAUGGAAAUAGCCGGAGUAGGUCUUUAUUGUGUAUCCAGAGUCCGAAUUUUGAAUAAAUGAUCAAAGAAUUUCUGGCUUGAAGUUUUGUUGUUUGUACUCCA